GCUUGUAUUCUUUAAUACUCCUCCAGAAGAGACUUGCAUCCUCUCUUCUAGCCAUUCUCCUCCUCCUUUCUCAAACUCCUAGGCCUAGCUCUCCACUGUAUCUGGUAUGGCAAUGAAUGGAUUGCGAAACAUCCAGGAAUCAAUAUUUUUGUUUCUCAAGAGUUUGGUUUCAGCUGAAACCUCUAACUCUGAGAAAAGGUAUGGAUUUUUACCAAGUGAUGGCAGCAGCGCAGCCGCAGGGAAGAUAUUUUUGAUCCUUGUCCUUGUCCACCUGAUGUUCUUGGUUGCCAAGCUUUCUUUGUCUGGUGGAAAUAAGAAGCGGCUAGGAAUUCUUUUCUCUGGUAUAGUUGGUGGUCUAGCCCUUGUGCUAUUCAGCUCUCUUACUGAUCGGGGUAAAAUCGCCAACGAAACAGACAGAGUGGGAAAUGCAAGAGAACAGAUAUAUCUGAUAUUUGAGAAUUUGGUUUGGUCUGAUGACUGAGAAGACAUAUGGAUUCUUACCAUGCAGCACCACAGCUCUCGGAAAUAAAUUCCUUAUUCUUGCCUAUGGUUACUUAAUGUUCUGGGCAGCUAAACUAUUGUCUGAAGGCUGUGAGAUUCUGUUAGAAAUUCUUGGCCCUGGUAUUAUUGGAGGCCUUGUCUUGCCUAUCCUCUCCUCGCUUCCUGAUGCUAUUAUCAUCCUUGCAUCCGGGUUAUCGGGAAGCAAGGAAACUGCUCAAGAUCAGGUUUCAGUUGGGAUGGGGUUGCUAGCUGGAUCAAUUGUAAUGCUUCUAACAUUACUAUGGGGUUCUUGUAUUGUAGUUGGCAAGUGCGAUCUGGAGGAUACAGUUGCAAAAGAUGGAGAAGAUACCAAAGGGUUUAGCUUAACUGCGUCUGGUGUCAGUACUGAUAUCUGGACAAGCUACUCUGCAAGGAUAAUGGUUGUGUCUGUUAUACCUUUUGUAGUAGUCCAACUACCAAAGGUCUUCAACAAAACUUCUGAAAGUCAAUUACCCGUCUUGACUGCGCUUGUUCUCUCAAUUUAUUUUCUAAUUUCAUAUUGUCUCUAUCAGGUCUUUCAACCUAAAGUUCAAAAGCGAAGACUUGCUUUCGCCAAGUAUAAACAUGUAAUGUCUGUGAUUCUAACUGAUUUUAAGACGCGUACAUUGGGAAGAAUCCUCACAAUUGAUGGUAGACCAGACAGAGAAGUUUUAGAAAAGUUAUUUAAAGUACUUGAUGUGAAUAAUGAUGGAAACCUCUCAGCAGAAGAGCUAAGAACACUAAUAUUGGGAAUCCGAUUUGAUGACACAGAUUUGGAUAGUUAUGAUAUCGAUGAAGCAGUAGCAUCCAUUCUAAAAGAAUUUGAUAAAACCGAUGACUCUCUUAUUGAUAAGGAAGAGUUUGUCAAUGGAAUCUCAGACUGGAUUUAUAAGGCUAAGCGUUCUGCCAAGCACAAAAGUGAUGAAUGUCCCGAUUCACCGCAAUUGAGGUUUCUAUCUGAGUUUUAUCAGCAAACAAGGAAAGAACAUGACUUACUGGGGGAUGAAAGCAACAGUGACGAUGAGAGAAGCAUGAAAGAUCCCAAGUGGAAUGCCUUCAAAGCAGUAGUGAUGUUGCUUCUGGGAACUACUGUGGUCUGUGUAUUUGCUAAUCCACUGGUGGAUGCUGUCAACAACUUCUCUACCGCCACAAAAGUUCCAAAAUUCUUUGUCUCUUUUGUGGUUCUGCCUUUUGCUAGCUGUAGUGAGGCUGUUUCGGCUCUAAUUUUUGUCAGACAUAAGAGACAGAAGACUGCAUCUUUAACAUUUUCUCAGAUUUAUGGAUCAGUAACCAUGAGUAACAUUCUUUGCCUUUCGGUAUUCCUAGGCCUUGUCUACAUUCGCGAAUUGAAAUGGUGCUUCUCAUCAGAAGUGUUGAUUAUUCUUAUUGUUUGCAUUUUGAUGGGUGCCUUUGCCAGCUUCCGCACCACCUUUCCUAUGUGGACAUGCUUGGUGGCCUAUGCACUUUACCCAUUUUCGAUACUACUUGUCUAUGUAUUUGAAUAUGUUGUCAAACUCUCAUAGAUUCAAAACACCAAAGCUAAUGGAAGCACUAAGAUCAAUCAGCCUUUGGUUACUAAAA